AUGUCAACCUUCCAACUUGAUAGGGAUAUUUUCAACCCAACUCUAUACAAGCAGGUUACCAACAUAUGGCUUGCUGGAGCAGAUGUAGACGGAAAGAGAUUGGAUGACACAAUUGUCAAAAAAUGGUUUUCCGGGGAUGCUGAGCUAGACCGUAUCUGCAACGACAACUUUGCACAUGUCUUGGACACCAUUGGUCCUGAAAGACUGCCAGAGCCGAGCGCGAAGCCAUUCCUACAUGAGCUCGAAGCCAUGCAUAAAGAAGAUAAAGGGGAUGGAGGGUCACAGGCCGCUUGGACGGCUUUGAGUAUGGUAAUCCUACUUGACCAAAUGCCCCGCAACAUCUUUCGUACAAACGAAGGCCUGAAAAAGGUGUACACCCACUAUGACCGGAUGGCUUUCGACCUUGUCAAGUCUCUUUUCUCCGCAUCAUCACCAAUUUCCCGACCGGACCUCCACCCGCAAUGGCAGAACUCGUUCGCGCACAAAAUGUGGUUUUACCUACCCUUGACGCAUUCUGAAGACGUCAAGGCUCACGAUAUACUUGAUGAUCUUGUGGAGCCAGUUUCAAAAAGUGUUGAGAAGCUGGAAGGCUACGAAGCAACCAAGCGUCUUAUCGAGGGUUUUCGGACAUCAGAGAAGAGCCAUAGAGAGCCACUGGAACUAUUCGGAAGAUAUCCGCACCGAAACAGUGCCUUGAGUAGGACGAACACAGAACAAGAACAAGAGUUUCUGAAGGAUGGCGGUGCGACAUUCGGAGUUGCACAGUAA